UUAAUUAGAUUAUCAACAACAAUACAGUAAAAAUUUAAUCUAAUCGGUGAAACAAAAAAAAUUAGUAUUACAAAUAGCUAUUCAUUUACUAGUGGAAAUAUUGAAGGUCAGAUUAAUAUUACAUCUCUAACCUCUAACUUACAAUUAAAAAAAUGUAAUGAAUACAUAAAGAUUCAAGUCAAUUCGUUCAAACGAACAACAAUUAAUAACAAAAUCAAUUAAGGACAUUUUUAAUCGUUCUAAAUGUGACCGCGUCCACUUUCUGAAAGUAGACGCGACAAAAAAACACACACACACACAUCGACCAUCAAUUAGAAAUAAUAAAAUAAUCACUCUCACACAGACAAACACAAAUAAUUCAUAAACUGACUGAAAUAAUUUGUUACAUAUUGGAAAAAUUAAAUUUUAAGUGUGUAAAAUUAAAAUGGUGAAAUUAGAAGUGCUAAUUGUGACAAUCGUAGGUAACAUCUUGGCUCUAACGGGCGACACGACGUUGACAUGGUCGUCGCCAAUGAUCCCCAAGUUGGAGGCCAACUCCACCACAACAAAUCCAUUGGGCCGACCAAUAAACGAAGAGGAGAUUUCGUGGAUCGGCUCGCUGCAAUACAUCGGAGCGAUGGUAGGAAUUUUUCCCUUCGGACUUUUGGCAGAUAGAAUCGGCCGCAAAAAGACUCUGCUGAUAUUGGCCGUUCCGCAUUUCGUUUCGUUUCUCCUGUUCGCUUUCGCCAAAGACAUUAUUUGGUUCUAUUUGGGUCGGUUUCUGGGCGGCGUCUCCCUUUCUUCGGUCUACAUCGUUUUGCCCAUGUACAUUGCGGAAAUCGCAGAGGAUUCCUACCGAGGAAUGUUGCUGAUGUCGUACAGCACUUUCGCCAGUUUUGGGGACUUGUUGCCCUAUAUUUUGGGUCCGUAUGUUUCGUUGAUGUGGUUCAACGUUACUCUGGCAAUUCUGCCCGCUCUUUUCGUCAUAACAUUUGGGCUGGUGGCCCCCGAAAGUCCCUACUACUUCGUCAAGAAAGGAAACGUCAAGAAGGCCGAACAAGUGUUAUUGAAGUUGGAUCUUGACGAAAAGAUGACCUUUCAAGCGAUCGAAAAGGAAGUGGAGAGGACGAGUGCGAAAGACAUAGUAAAAAGUCUGAGGAGCAAACACGUCCAAAAGGGAUUCCUUAUAGCUCUCAGUUUGAGUUCGCUGCAACAACUCUCGGGAAUAAGUGCGGUUUUAUCGUACACGGAAAUAAUUUUUCGCGGCGGCGGAACCGAACUGAACGCAGAAGAAUCCGCAAUCGUCGUGGGUGUUGUGCUCUUUUUGGCCAGUUUUUGCGGUCCGCUGUUGGUCGACCGAAGGGGUAGAAAGUUCCUGCUGAUCUGUUCGUCACUCGGAAUGGUGGUGUCACAAAUCGUCCUCGGUAUUUACUACGUCCUGUUAGAUGCAAACCAUCACCUGGGCGGCUACACUUGGUUGCCCAUUUUAUGUUUGGUCAUCUUCACCAUAACAUUCAACAUCGGAUUUGGACCGUUACCUUUCACGAUCACUUCCGAAAUUUUGCCGUCAAACGUAAAAUUCUUUUUGGCCACGAUAACCGGUUGCUGUGGCUGGUUGGCAUCCUUUUUGGUCUCGAAGUUUUUCAACGAUUUAAACAACACUCUUGGAAGAGGCGAAACGUUUUGGCUUUUUUCCGGAUUUAACGUUGUUGCGCUGUUGUUUGUAAUAUUCUAUGUUCCCGAAACAAAGGGACUCAGUUUUCAAGAGAUACAACAACUACUUGCAAAAUAAUAUGAUUAAUUGUUUUAUGAUUGUACUUAAUUUAAUAUAAAUAGUAUUAAAUAGUGA